UCAUAUAAAUAUGAAUUUAACAAACGGAUCGUAACUAUUUUCAGUCUUCGGUAAAAUGCGUGUGAUUGCAUUGUUGGCUCUCUGCUUUGCUGCUGUGGCAGCCGUUCCCAGGAAUCCCCAGAGAAUCGUCGGGGGUUCUGUCACCACUAUUGACCAGUAUCCAUCUAUGGCCUCACUCCUCCACUCUAGGACCUCAUCUGGCCACAGGCAGUCCUGCGGAGGCUCCAUCCUUAACAACAGAGCCGUCCUUACUGCUGCCCACUGCACCAUCGGUGAUGCUCCUGCCAGAUGGCAAGUCCGUGUAGGCUCCACCAACGCCAACAGCGGUGGUGUGGUUCACACCGUCCGAUCCAUAAUCAACCAUCCCAACUACAAUGCUGUAACCACAGAUAACGACGUUGCCAUCAUUCGCGUUUCUUCCACAUUCUCCUUCAACAACAACGUGCGCGCUGCUUCUAUCGCCGGCCCUAACUACAAUCUUGGUGAUAACCAAGUCGUCUGGGCUACUGGAUGGGGACGUCUUUUCUUCCUGGGACCAGCCUCUGAGCAACUUCGCCACGUACAGGUCUGGACUGUGAACCAAAACGUUUGUAGCCAGCGUUACCAGACUAAAGGAAAAAUUAUCACCCCCAACAUGUUGUGCUCCGGCUGGCUUGACGUCGGCGGUCGCGACCAGUGCCAGGGAGACUCCGGCGGUCCUCUCUACCAUAACGGUGUUGUUGUUGGUGUUUGCUCUUGGGGUGAACAAUGUGCUCUCCCGUAUUACCCCGGUGUUAAUGCUCGCGUAUCUCGCUUCUCCUCAUGGAUUCAGAACAAUGCUUAAAUAAUAUACGAUUGUUCAAAUUAAUUAAUAAUAAUCGACGACCUCCGUGGUCGAGUGGCGUACGCACCGGUUUCAAGGUGUCGCUAGCUC